CUGUGCGAGAAAUUCAGUUCCUCAGCUGAUUAAAUCUCAUACUAUGGCUGCUGUUGCCCUUGGUCGCACUGCCACUACAGUUCACGGGGAGGAUGGCUUGCACAAAUUCGCACAUGUGAUUGCGGCGGCGUUUUCGAAUGACGCCCUCAAUCGGUACCUGUUCUUGGGCCGUGAGUCACAGCCAGAUCACCCCAAACUGGCCAAUUUCGACCAUCGGGUCCAAUACUGGCUGCCACACAUCAAAACCCGGUUCGAGAACGGAGGCAUACUAAUUCAAACUUUCGAAUGGGCUGGGGUGGCGCUUUGGCUUCCUCCUGGGAUUGAAAAGCCGGUCACAAACUCUGCAGCUAUCUCUGAAGGAGCUGUCGAGUAUAGACGGAAAUUCGACGCCCUCAAGAAGAAGCAUUUGGGCGAUCGAACCUACUGGUAUCUGAAUUUGAUUGCACGGUCGCCGUCUAGGCUAGAAAAAGGCGCCAUUCGGAAUCUGGUGGAGCCUUUCCUGCAGAAAGCCCGAGAACAAAACAUCCCUGUUUGGCUCGAAGCAACCAACCAGCACGCAAGAGAAGUCUAUACCCAUUUGGGAUUCAAGACCGUCGAGGAAGUGAGAAUAGGCGAGGGAGUUGUCAAUGCCGAGGGGUGGGCCCAACCAAACGGUGAAGGUGUGCUAACGUACGGGAUGGUUGCUGGACUCUAGCGUGAAGCAAAUCAGUGCUCCUGAAUGUGAGGGCCACCGCGGCGAAAACAGGCCAACCGUCUGAAGAGGAGCAUUAGGUGCACAGAUAGACCUGUUUAUAGGAUUUUCUUUCGAAAAAGAUAUCAUACCUACCCUAAGUAGGAUUGAGAGAAUGUAAUGUUGAC